ACAAAAGGGACAUUGGCGCAGUGAACUUGUUCGGAUAUUCCAUCCUCUCGCCUGCCAUUGCGUUUCCUGCCCUCGGACCUCAAGCCUUGCAUGUGCCCAGCCGACAAGUAGUUGCGUGAGCCGCGGAGGUGAAUCCGGAUUCUCUGCAAGUUGACUCGCCUCGCCUAUGGCUAUGGUGACAACUCAGGGCAGCACAGCUGACGGUCCGACGGGGAAUCCGACACCGGUUUCCGAGGCUCGCACGUCCAGUUCACACACAAGAAGCGCUGGAUCGCGCGCCAAACGGCCGACAACUCGACACUCCAGUGUGGGCUCGACAGCCGGAAACCGCCGCAAGCUGCAAAAGGUCAGCCGAGCCUGUGACUACUGCAGGGUCAAGAAGCUCCGGUGCACGGGUAACAUCCCUUGCGAUGUCUGCACGAAGAGAGAUCUAGAAUGUCUAUAUGAUGCCGAGUACCGGCGCGGCCGACCGCCAACACCACGGGCUUCAGAGGCACCAGUUCUCGAGCAGGGUGCUAAGACGCCGUUGGCCAGAAGAUCCUCUAGACCAUCAAAUCGCGUUGUAGACAAGAUUGGUCCGGAACAGGGAAGAGAGUUCUCGGAUGCUUCUGCAGGCAGUGGGCUUCCAAGUCGAGCCUCGCCAGAGCUCGAGACUGCUGAGAUUGAAGGCCAAUUUUUUGACCUCACCUCAAAUCUCACAUUUCUCCACCGAGCCUGGAAGAGAUUCUCUUUACAGAAGGGAGGCACUGUCCCCGAUGUUCUUACCGGCUCAGAGCGCUCGCAGCCUCUUAUGUCGGCUGGAGACCGGCCCUUCGUGGUUCCUCCAGGCCAGCCGGUGCUGAUACCAGAUCGGCAGCUCGCAACGCAGCUGUUUGAGUUCUACUUUGAAAAUUGUGUUGUCACAUACCGAUGUCUCCAUCGUCAGUACUGCGCGUCAUUCUUACAAGUUGUGCUCGACAACGCACAGAAAAAUCUACCUCUACACCACAACCUCGGGCACUCCAAGGCGGCACUUAUCGUUAAUAUCUUUGCAAUCGCGAGUCUUCGGAAAGAGAAGAUAUCGGGAUCCACAUCCACCUACGACGACAAUGGCUUCCUAUUGAGUCGCAGUGAUUACUAUUUUUGCGAAGCGCUCAGUCUCACAACAGGCGAGGUUGGACUUCCGCGCUUAGAGUCAGUCCAAGCAAGGGUAUUGCAAGUACUCUAUCUCCUUCAAACCGGCCGAAUGAAUCAGGCAUGGUACGUGUUUGGUAGUACAGUCCCUAUUGUCUCUGCCCUUGGCCUUCAUCGAAAGUCAGGGAGGGGUAGGGACGCAACGGGUAGGAGUGCGAACACGGAUUACAUCGUCUUGCAAUGCCGCCGGCGCACGUUCUGGGUCGUAUACAUCAUCGACAAAUACUUAUCCGUUGUUUUUGGGAGACCGAGGCUGUGGCACGAUGAUGACAUCAACCAGGAUUAUCCGGAUCGUAUCAACGAUGAAGACAUGAGCUCUCAAGGGCCCUCUCUGUCGCCUCCGACGUUGGAUUGUCACAUCGACUCGCUAAUAGCGCACGCCGAGAUUGCUCGGAUCAUCGACAACAUAUCCAGAGAAGUUUACUCUCUGAAGCCGAUCCCCAGGCCGGAAAGACUGAACGCGGCAAAGAACUUCUGUCGCCUGCUCCACGAUUGGCACCGAGAUCUGCCAGCACACCUCGGGACCAUCCGCCCCCGGAGCCUCAUACCGUCCUUUCGUCGGGAAGCCAUAGCAUUGAAGCUAGCAUAUUGUCACGCCAUGAUGCAUGCAAACCGGCCGUUCAUUCUCGGCUACAAUGGCCAGUCGACGUCAUCACCGCUCAAUCAAAUCGUGGCAGAAUGUAUCAGCGCCGCCAGGAUGGCUCUUGAGACUGUCGAUGACAUCGUGAGCGAUGGGAUGCUCUUUCACGCCUUCUGGUGGACGCCGUACGCCACCUUUUGCGCGCUUGCCGUUGUCUACGUGUGGGAGAUCCAACAAAAGGCUUACGGAGGCGAUGUUUCCGAUGAUCCGUCACUCUUUGAACUGGCCGAGCGCUGCCAUAGCCACCUAGCUCAGGCGGCGUCUACGCAUUCGCCUGGGCCUCGGUAUGUUAUCAUCCUCGAAGAACUCCGCUUGGAGGCAAGGCAGGGCUCAAUGCGGCCCGCUCAGCAUCAGGUUGAUGAUACAGUUGGCAUCGCAAUGACACAAGAGGCUGCCCUCAACACUGUUCAUGACUCCAGCGCGAUGAAUUUGGACUUGAGCCAGAUGCUGAACGAAGCCAGCGCUGCUCCUCUCCCUCCACUCAACGAAUGGCAGGCCACGGACUGGCUUGAUCUUGACUCGUCGGCGCUGGGGCCAUUCUCCGAUCUCGAGGAUCUGCCCGUUAUCUGGGAUGUGUAACGAAUGGCGGCUUCGUGGUGUUCCACGAAUGGUUUGGAUCGUAGGCGAAUCUUAUCACGCAUGGUAGCGUAUCUUGUAGUAAGGGGGCAUAAAUCGCUGCAAAGCUCAGCUGAGGUAAAUAUGCUAGGAGUCCUACGUCCUCUUAUGCCACUGAUGAUUUUAUGGCGGACUUGGAGCGUGCAAUCAUGGAAAGCUUCUAACAACAAUUACUAGCCACCCGCUUGCGUUUUCUCGUCGUGUCUGAAGGUAGGGAAUUGUCGCGCUUUACAGCCUCCGGAAGGUUGUAUUUUUCCCGACGUAAUAUUGUAGUUUUGGGCCGCGUCCGAAGGCAGGGAACUGUAGUGCUCUUUGGCUUGGCUACGGACCCAAGAAAUAAUCCUGUUGUCAUCCAUAGCACUGCUUAUAGUAUAUACAUUUAGCUGUAGAUAGAUAGCUACUGUAACAGAUAGAAAGGGUGCUAACUGCGUC